CAUCUCCUCUCUCUGAUCCACAAUCCACCAGCUCCUCUCUGUGCUUGCAGGCUCCAGUCAAGAUGAACCCAAAGAUGAACUUGAGCGCCCUGCUGAUCGUGUUGCUGUUCUCUCUGGGCCUGGUCUCUUCUGCUCCUCUGGCAAUUAGCACAGGCAACACCUGCUGUCCAAGGACACAGAAGGCAAAGAUCCCGCUGAAACAGAUAGUCUCCUACUACAAAACCAGCAGCAGCUGCGCUCUGCCGGCCCUUGUGUUUGUGACUAAACGUGGAAAGCAAAGGUGUGUGAACCCUGCUGAUGCCUGGGUGAAGAGCCAUGCAGCUGCUGUGGACCGCAGGUUGGCCAGCACUCCAGCGAUCAGCACCAGAGUCUAAGGCCUAUCGCCCUAGCAGGC